AUGGAAAUACCUGCGUCGAAAAUGGACGAUGCUAUCGCAUGGAAUAUUCCACUUGGUGACCUGUCCGAUUGGAUAUCUGCUCAAUCACCGUGGAAUCAAACCGUUGGCUACAUUGGACCGGAACAGACAGCACCUUCUCCAUGUGCAGGACUGGGACUUUCAUGUUUCCUCGCACCCCUCCUCCACGUGGGGACGGGCAUAGAUUUAUUUUUCGUGCCCCGUCCCUACCGGGAUGAAGACGAAACCAACUAUAUUUCUCCUGGUCUGCGCGACCAUGACAACCCUAAUUUAUAA